AUGUUGGUGCUGCUGGCUGGUAUCUUUGUGGUUCACAUCGCCACUGUCAUCAUGCUCUUUGUUGCCACCAUUUCCAAUGUUUGGAUGGUGGGCUCUUCCAGCUUUGGAACGGCCUCAUCGGGACUUUGGCUAUUUUGCAACAACACCUGCGUGGACCUGUUAGUCAGGAGUGAUGAUGAGGCUUCCCUUAAAGCCGUGCAAGCCUUUAUGAUCCUCUCGAUCAUCUUCUCCGUCAUUGCGCUUGUCAUGUUCAUUGUCCAGCUGUUCACUCUGGAGAAAGGCAAACGUUUCUACAUCACUGGAGUCAUCAUGCUGGUUUGCUGGAUGUGCAUUCUGAUUGGAGCCUCCAUUUACACAGCUCGUUUCACAGGCAAGAUACCCAUGUCCACAACUACUCACCAUGGCUACUGCUUCAUAUUGGCCUGGAUCUGCUUUUGCUUCAGUUUCAUCAUUGGCAUCCUCUACCUUGUUCUUAGGAAAAAAUAA